CAUGCAUGCACGCACCAUCUCUGUGGCUUUCUUUUUGUGACUCUCAAACACACUUGUAUUACAAAGGCACUGCUCACUUAAUUCUUGCUGUACCAGAAUAAAUAUACAGCCUGACUCACUGGAGAUAUCUAUAUUUAGUGUUAAUGGGGAAGCCAGUCUUGUAGAGUUUCAAGAGGCAGUCACAGAUUCUGGAUCCUGUAGAGACAUGCCUUAUCCUUUUCCUGGAAUCUGUAUCAAGAAAUGAUUCCAGCACCUUAAAUGCGUUGAGUCAAUGUGGAUGUUUGCUGGCUGUAAGUCCCACUCAUCUACUUCUGAGCAAACUAGUGCUGGAAAAGGAGCGAGUAAGGAACCAACAUAGCAGCUGAAGUUUUCCGUUGCCAAGGAUGUCAACUGAUACUCUACAGCCGUCUCGGCGAUUAAUGAGGUUGGUCGGAACUCCUGGCACACAAAGUAGCAACCCAGAGAUCCGUUGUCCAGUCCAGUCAUCUCCUGGGAUACGCAAACCGAGUGCUGUAGAACGCCUGGAAGCAGACAAGACUAAGUAUGUCAAGAGCCAACAGGUGGCUUUCAAGAAGCAGCAGCCGGUCACUUGUCCCGCCAACAACAGCCAGAGUGGAUCAAGUGCUCAACAUCCAACCAGAAAGGUCCCUUCUAGACCCAAUAAAUCUGAGACUCCCCCCCUUAAUCUGGAACACCUUUGCAAACUAAUCGAUGGUGUUGGUGAUACAACCGUGCCAGUUGUUUCUACGCAUCCCAAUGGUGCAGAGAAAAUUCAAGAUUAUCCUGACCCAUGCAAGCCCCUCUCUCCAACUCUAAAUACGACGGAAGAAGCUUCGGUUGGGUCGACUUCAACAACUCAAGGUAAAGCUGUGGUAGAGGCCAUAGGAACUAACGGAUGUCCUACCAUGACUGUGAGGAGAGUUGAUGUCAGGCCACAGCUACCUCAAAUGAGGAUGGCAGGUAGACCACAGCUGCAGAGCCGUCCACCGAUGCAGGUGUCCAAGCCGCAGUUUCCAGCGCAACUUUUGCGCUUUCUUAGACCCUACACACAGCCAAUUCAACACUCAAUUGCUUUCAAAAGGCUUCAGAAUGUCACAAAUGUCCCCCGAGGACCUAUUAAACCACCAAGCAGUCCUGCCCAAAGCUCACCUUCCUCUGAAUCUCCAUCAAGGCCAUUCAAUUCUUUGCCUCUUCCCAUAAAACCAAAUGCUGAACCAGCAUCGUGUGCCUCUCCUGCCCCUCUUACUCCGAGCUCAGUAGCUUCGUUCCUGGCCAAAAAUGACUUCCAAUCACCACCAUCUCCAGCCAUCACUCACCAUUCCUCAACAAGCUCCAGGAAACGUCCUUCAUUGACUCGUUCAAAAUCGGAUGUCAGCGACUGCAUUUCGCGAGCUGGGGCAGAGCUUGAACGCUUUUUUAAUUAUUGUGGCUUAGACCCAUCGGAUUUAAAGGAGCUAGCAAGACCAGGAUCCGACAUUGUUUCCGUUUCCCGUCUCCGUAGUGCCAGUGCCCCGGCUUCUGAGCGUACAGCUGAUGGUGGCGAGGAUGAGGAGGAAGAGGCAGCAAAAGAUGAACAUCCUGGUUAUGGUAUUUCCAUAAUUGAGAGAAAUGCACGAGUGAUCAAGUGGCUUUAUGGAAUGCGCCAAGCCAAAGAGAGUCCUAAGGUGGCCAACAUGUAACAACAAGGGACACACAACCAUUAUUCUGACUGAAAUCAAUUAUGUCAAUUGUGGGCUUCAAUGCGCACUGUGGCUACAUGUUGUACAGGGUUUACUUUGCUUUUCUCAUUCAGUGUUUGUCUCUGUUAUUUGUAAUCACUAGAUGUAAUUAAAUCUACUGUGCAUUCACCACAAUUUAUAAUGGCUAAAGCUUGGUGGUCAUCCAGUGUUAUCAAACAGAAACACUAUUGUUUUGUGGUGACCUCCAAUAAGCCAUUUAUUGCAGUUCAAGUGUCUUUUUCUAUCCAUGUUGUACUUCUAAGGCCAAUUUAAAAGGUGGUACAAAUAUCUAAAAUUGACGGUAUUUCUGUUAAGACAUGCAACAAAAUUGCAUUUAGGGAAACUCUUUGUUGCAGCUAAUAAUUCACAUUUAAUGCUUGUUUUACUAUCUUUUACAUGUGACAAUUAAUUUAUGUGAAUAUUGCUUUUAUUGCUGUGUUAAAACUCAAGUUUACAUAUUCACCCCAAAUCUUUAUCAAAAAAUAGAAUGCCAGGUAUUGCCAGUUCUGGCCCGAAUCCUGCCCGGGGCAGGUCGAGUAGGACCGGUGACAUAGAGUCCUGAACUAAAAAGCAGAUUUGAUCUGUCCAAGGGUUUGUCAUCAUAUGACAGUCCAAAACCACAGAGGAUUUGACAGUAUUGCACUGAUAAAAUAGUGUUGACCAAUAUACCAAACUGAUCAUAGAAUUAGAUCUGCAUGAUUAAAAUCAAUAAAAAUGUAUUUAAACUACAGUACUUCUGUCUACAUUAUUGUCAUUUUCUUUUAUUACAAAUUUCACUGUAAAGACUUACAGUUGUUUUUAUUGGGGUGGUGUCCACACUGGUGUUUCCUCUGGUAAUAAAUCUAGUU